CCCAGACGGAAUUUUGCAAUCCUGCGUGCCGGUGAAACACCAUGGCAACAUUGAAUCACGUGGUCUUUGUGUGGUCAAAGGGCACCUUGGUACCUGUGCCCGUCCAGGAGUCGCUCCAACCGUGGGCGAGGCCAGUCCGGCCAGCACUCAACUUCAAGUGCUUGAAUGGCAUGAAGCCGUUGGUGUUGUCGGACGACUCAGAGUGCGAUUUGCCGCACACCGCGCGCUACACUGGAGCGGUCGAGUGCAGGGAGGAUCAGAAGGCUCAUGGAUCCAAUGCCAGCUCAGCAGAGGUGACCACUUCAGGAGGGACGCGAGGGGCCGCCCCAUCGCAGUUGGAGUCGGAUUCGGACUUUGAGGGGUUGGGCUUUAUCCCUGGGCUCGGAGAUGAAUCUGAGGAAGAGGUGACAGAGGUCUUUGCCUUCAACACCUGGGAGUCACAUCAGUAUGGAACGUGCAAGCCAUGUCGGUUCUUCCAUGCGAAAGAAGAAGGUUGUCGCAUUGGAGCCUCAUGCAUCUCACAUUAGCAACAUGGGGUUGGAUGGAUCGGUGCACAUCAGCAAGGGACAUUCGCAGACUAGAGAACAUACUAUGUUACUAUGUUUUAAUAUGAUUUAAUAUGGUUUUCUGAUGUCAAUUGAAAAUUUGCACUGCCUGUUGGGACAGUUGGGUAUGAGGCAGCGGCCUCAUAAAAAACAGAAAAAAAACUGUCAGGAGUACGCUCGUAGCACCAGCUUGAUGGAUGAUUCGGAGCUGACACAUGCAUCGUUCGUUCGGGGAUCAUGCUUUCGCAUCAGGUCCACUGCUUUGCCAAACCGUCCGGAGCAAGGCUCAGCAUCUGUCGCACAGGCAUCGGUCUAGUAGUUUCCAGUAUAGAAGCCACUGGCCGAGGGAACAUGACCAAGAUUGAACCAUUCAACCAAGGACGCGGCCACACAUGCUUGCAGCAUUAUUUUGGCGUGGUGCCGUUUUUGGAACGUUCUUUAGACCUUGGGUCAUGAUAGACCCGCCACAUAAUCAGGCCAAACACAUCCAAACACCGACAUGGAACGCCAGCAGCAUAUUUCUAAUUGGACUGAGAUUUGUUUGUCACAUUUGUCCCACGAGAUGGUCAUGCCUUUGACCAUUUUUGACCUGUCGCGACCUGUGUCGACCUCGCAGCCCGCACCGGCCGAGGUAAGUUCUGCCACUUUUGCACCA